AUGGAAGCAACCGGGGAUGAAGGGCUGCUGAAGACGAUUCGACCACCGAGGCUCAAAGAUGUGGGCCUCGAGGACUGCGCUCUUUCCCCUGAAGCCAUCGAAGAGCAUUCCUCAAGGUCGCCAGCUCCAUCAGCUCUCGGGGAUCUUGGCCCAAGCGACGGCAAGUUGCCUGAUGCAUUUGUAGGGAUAUCAUCGACACCGACAGCGGCACAACCGAGACCCUUUGGCAAUGAGAAAGGCAGUGGCUUGCCACAAACCUUCGGGGAUGAUGUCGUCGUUGCCGAUCUUGGCGAUUUGUUGAGUGAUGAGGAAGGUCACCAUAGUGACAUCAAAGUAUUGGGAACGGAGAUAUCUGAGGGAGAGAAGGCAUGUGUGGACGACUUGCAGGGUCUCAAGGUCAAGGAAGAGGUAUAUCAAAAAGACGACGAUCAGCAAGGCAACGUCGAAAGAUAG